AUGGGGUACGUAUUCAUUUUACGUCACAGUACAAACAGAUGUGGAUUUCUUCUGUAUUGUCGUCGUCUACACCAGCACAAGCUGUAUGAGCCCACCGUUCACAUAGUUGGCAAGCCACCCAACCUUCCGAAGACUUUAAAUAAGUGUGGUUCACGUCGAGGCAGUAGUGGAUUCCGACAUUUAAAGGCACUGUUUCAGACUCAUCGUUCGCUAGCGUCUGUGGUUGAUGCAGCUAAAAAAUCUGAAUCUGUAAAGUUAUUCUGCUUAAAAGGCCAUAUGCCACAUUUUUGGAAGGCAUUGAUUGCGGUGGACAUUACCCCAUCGUACCCCGCAGCCAUGUCCCCGUCAUGCCCCAACUCUCACAUUAUUUAA